AUGCCUGACCUCACCAAAGUCAUCAUGGGUCUCCUCCUCUGCGCCGUCAGCGUUGUCAACGCCAACUCUGGCGACAUGACCUUCUUCCACUCCGGCCUCGGCUCUUGUAGCCAGACCAACGGUGACGGCGAUGCCAUCGUCGCUCUGCCACCCUCGGAACUAGCGUGGGAAUUGCUUCUGGCAGACCAAGUAGAGACGAGAUCAGAAAAGCUGACAAGACUCGUGGUGGGCAAUGUUCUUGUCAUUGUUACAGCUUUUGCGUUGGGAAUUGCUUCUCCUGGUUCAACCGCAAAUAUUAUCCCCGAGGUUGGGCUCGUGCCGCAGGUCUUAUACCUGACCUUCCUGAGCAUCCUCCGCGUCCUGCGCAUCACGAGCCUUAGGUGUAGACAUUCCAUCUUCUUCAUUGCCCGUCUCGUCGUUUCCAAUUGGAGCAGGCGCAUCUUUGAUGGCAAGAAGCGGGCCGCCAGAAUCGAUUCGGGACCAAAGAUCUUCGACGAGCUUGACCAGAACCGCUCGUUGGAUUUCGGAUAA